AUGUCCGCCAAUGUCGGUGCAUGGAUGAUCGCCUGCAUUGGUGACACUAGUGCUGGCAGGGUUGUUGGCGAAGCUGGUGAUGAGACUGCCGGAGUUGUGGCAGCGGGGGCCUUCAUUGGUGAUGUGACCAUGGCGGGGGAAGAGGAGCGCAACGACGUAGCUAACAUCGUCGUUGUUGGUGAUGGCGCCGAUGGAGCAAGUGGCGUAGCAGUGUGGAACUGCACUGGCACCACUACGGCUGCCGAUGGUGCUGCUGGCGACGUCGUUAAGGACGGCGGUGCAGCAACCACAUCGGAAUCGAUCCGAUCCAAUUCGGCGAAGUGGACGGCCGCUGGUGCCUCGUUGAAGCCGCGCAGCUGGUUGCAGUCGGUGAUCUACAUGAGCUCCUAUGGCAGCGGAGGAGAAAAAAUCAGCAUGCUGGCUCUUAAGCAGCAAGGGAUGCUGUCACGGUACCAGGAGAUGCUGAUAUCAACAAAGGGGAAGGCGGGAACACUGCGGAUGAAGAAGAAGGGAGAAUGGUACCAGGCCGGCCCAGGCGGAAGAUCAAGCCCAGUACACGUUAUCAAGGCCCAGAGUGGAAAGCCGGCCCAUGACGAUGUCUAUCAAACUCGUGAUCAGAAACGAAUCAACAAUAUGGAGAUUCAGUUGAGCGACCUCGCCACUAUGAUGAAGGAGCUUCAGACGCAGAACACGUCCAUCCAGCGCACCCUGACCGACAACCUCGCGACGCUCCAGGAUGUGGGCAUGUGGCGGCCUCAGAUCGAUGCCAAGGUCGACGACCUCCACAAAUCCGUGACGGAUCUACGACUCAAGGUGGAUCACCUGAUUUCGCACCCGCCUGCGACAGAUCGGGCGAAGCAGGUCUUCGACAACGAGCUCAUCGACCUCACGAAGCCGGCAACUGUGCAUCUGGUUGCGACCUCGUCGGAGGCGGCUUCAGGGCCGUUAGGCCACGGCGAACAACACAGCCACCGAGGUAUUGGCAACGGGGUGGUCACCACCAUCAUGCCGACCCCGGUCAAAGGUGCGAAUUCAGUGCCGACCCCGGUCAAAGGUGCGAAUUCAUCUCUUCCAACAUUUUCCCCAAACUUCAGUGCUCAGCAAUUUUUUGCUCUGAAUCAAGCUAUUCCUCAGCAAGAGUUUCCUAAGUUCGAUGGUAUGAGUCCCAAAUUGUGGAAGAAACGUUGUGAGUCAUACUUUGAUGUUUAUGCUGUACCUGAGCAUUUGUGGGUGAAGAUAGGCGUGAUGAAUUUCGUAGGCUCGGCUGCUUUCUGGUCACAAUCUGUAGAGUCUAUCUUGCAGCAUUGCUCGUGGUCUAAUCUGUGCACAGCUAUUUGUAGUCGUUUUGAGCGUGAUCAGCAAAAUUCUCUUAACUGUCAAUUCUUUAGACUCAAACAGACCACUACAGUAGCUGAGUAUAUUGAAAAAUUUGAUGAACUCAUUAAUCAGAUCCUGGCUCAUGACCCAUGUUUUAGCCCUCAUGUUAUCACCGGUAGAUUUGUAGAUGGUUUGAAAGAUGAAAUUCGUGUUGUUGUUUUAGUUCAUCGCCCUUCCAGUAUGGAUGCUGCUUGUUCUCUGGCCCUUUUGCAGGAAGAGGUCCUGUCAGACUCGUCUGCAACAGAGUCUCACAGUACCAGUGGGCAUUCGGGUUUUCGAGUUCGAUCUUUUAAGCCACAAUGGUCAGCUCCGCAUACACCUCGUGUUCAGACAACAAUGUCCAAUGCCACCCCUGUCAAACCUGUGGAACCAGCUAAGCUAUCAGGUGUUGAAGAGAAGCUUCAUAAUAUCAAGAACUAUAGAAGAGCUAAGGGUUUAUGUUUCAAAUGUGGAGAUAAAUGGAACCCCAACCAUAAGUGUUCCACUACGGUGUCCUUGAAUUUAGUUGAAGAGCUGUGGCAACUUAUUGAUAACUCUAAUGACCAGGAUCAGUAUCACUCAGAUUCUAGUGAAGAUUUGAUGCAACUGUCCUUGUCAGCGGUUCAAGGUACUGACACAAUGCAAACUAUCAGGCAGUUCUAG